AGCAACUCUCAUGUUACAAAAACAAAAGAAUUAGAAAUCCCUUAUUUUAGAACUUGACUAUGAAGCCGAAUACAAGUCAAUAAUGAGUUCAACAAAAAUGGCUGAAUAAAAAAUAAUAUCUAAAUUUGUUGAUUUAUAUGAAGAGGUGCUUGUUUAAAUCAAAGGUUCCCAAAAUCUAGUAAUUCAUAUUUGAAUAAUUAAGUAUUUAAUCAAUAAAAUGGCUAACUUCAAGAGUGGGAAUGUUUUUAAUAUUGAUGUAUUGUAGUCGAAUUUCAAAUAUCUAAUCACAUUGUUAAUUUAAGAAUUAGUAUACUUUCACCUAUCUAUAUUUAGAUUUAAUUUUAAAGGCAAGUGGAUUCCCAAAACGUUGAACCCAAUAAAUCGAAUAAUCUCGAGUUAAAUUAAAUAAAACUAGACCUCUAAAAAUUUAAAAAUGUAAUACUUUUUUUAUUGAAAAUUAAAGGACAACACUGACUUGUAAUAUAAAAUUAAGGAACUUGAAUAAUAAAUACAUCAAUAGAAACAGUUAAAUACUACCAUUUGCCAAGAUUUGUUUGAGGCAAGGCAAAAAUAUUAAGUAAAUUUGUUAAAAACCUUUUUAUUAAGGAAUUAUAAAAGAAAUAUAAUUAGGAGACCCAAAUUAAAUAAUCAAAAUCAUUCCAUACAUUCUAUGAUCAAAAUAUAAAAGAAAAACUUAAAAAAUUACAUACAAUAUACUAAAUUGACAAAUGCUUAAAUAAUAAAUCAAUAAUAAACAAAAAGUAAAAAUUGACGAUCAUGACCGAACCUUGUGAUUCCGAUUCACAGUACAGCAGGUAUAGCACUAUUAUACAACAAAAUAAUUCACAAAAUGAUAAAACCAAUAGCAGAAAUAAACAAAACCAAACCAUUGAAAGUAUACUUAUAUUUAUUAUUAUUUAGCUGUCACAUCGGUUGGAACCGAAAAUAAUUAGAUGUCUGAUUCCUCUUCAUGUCUUCUAAGCAGUAGUUUUUAUAAGAGGAGAGAGAAAUCUAAUACUCUCUCGUUUGAGUAGUCCUAAGAAUGGUAUUAAAAUAUUAAGCCUGCAUCCCAUCAAGGUCUUCCCUUAAACUCUAAAAAAUAAAUUAUAUAAACUUAAUUUAGCCGAUAAUUGUGA